AUGGCUUCUACAAUGUCCAAGAAUAAGAGAACCCACAAGGCUGCUGCCGUCAAGGCACUAACCAAUGCAGAGGCGUAUUUCAAGCUCCAAAAGUUGGACUCUGCAAUCAAAGAGGCCACGCAAGCGAAAAACCUCGAUCCUAAUCUGCCCAACGUCGACAAUUUCAUCACAGCUUACAAGAUUCACAAAGCCAUGUCGUUCAAGAAAAACUGGUACGUGGUUCUUGACAUCCCUGAAUGUAGUCAUUUAUCAAUCAUCAAAAAAAGAUUUAGGGCAUUGGCACUCAUGGUGCACCCUGAUAAGAAUCUCUCUGCAGCUGCUGAAGAUGCUUUCAAGCAUGUCAAAGAUGCCCUGGAUUUUCUCUCUGACCCGGUGAGAAAGGAGGAUUAUGACAAGUCUUUUAUGUCGAAAAACAAGGCUUUUGCUGCUGCUGCUGCUGCAGCAAAGAUGCCUGAGACUACUGCUGCGGCAAGGAAAGCCGCCGCCGCCGCGGCUGCUGCUGCUAUGGCAAGGAAAGCCGCCAUGGAAGCUUUUGCUGCAAAGGUGGCCGCGGAGAGGAAAGCCGCCAAGGCUGCUGCAAAGAUAAGGAAAGCCGCCGCUGAUGCUGCUGCCUUGGAAGCUGAGCUUGCUGCUGCGAAAAGGAAAUUAGCAGCCGAGACUGCUGCCGCGUCAAGGAAAGCAUCCGAGGCUGCUGCCGCGUCAAGGAAAGCAGCCGAGACUGCUGCCGCGUCAAGGAAAGCAGCUGAGGCUGCCACACCUGCUGCUGCAAAGGAGGCUGCAGCUGCUGCUGCAAGGAGUGCGAUUAAUGCACGCAAACGACGUGAACCCAUUAGUGAACUUGAGUAUGCCAUACACCUAAUAAUGAAAUACUCACCAAAUUACAUGGAGCGCAGAUUCUCAGUCAGGUGA